AACUCACAAAUAUAAUCUAGUAAAUAAAGUAAAUAGAUGGAUAUAUAUAAAAAUGAAUUCUUAAGAAUGCAUGUAGACAAACAACUGCAACUGAUAAUGAAAGAGGUAAUUAUAUCGUUGGUCUCAUCUGUGAAAACUGGGAAAUUUCGGAACCGUGAACAGUGGAAAAAGAAAAUCUGAGUUAAAUAAAACUACAACUCCCGAACACUCCAUAAAGACCCGCCUUCUUUCACUAUCAUCUAAUACUAUUGGCUCUCAGGUGCUUGAGCGACUCUUUUCUAGCCAAUCAGCAUUCUUCAGGAUGGAAGGAAUGUGGGCCAUUGACCGGCGUAAUGCCAGCUCAGAGAAAGUGCCACGACUCCACACAGACAACGAUUGACUCCUCAACCCGGGACAAGAUUUCUUUUUGUUUUUUGCCGGCGUGGUAAGAUAGUUGGAUUCAUUCACUUCUGUUUAAACUCUUCCUGAAGUGAUUAAUCCAACGGAAAUCUGUCGCGAGAAAAGGUUUAAUAAGAAGGCAAACUUGCAGUCAUGGACAUCUACGAUCCCCAGACCCUUGGAAUAGUUGUGUUUGGAGGCUUCAUGGUGUUCUCAGCCAUUGGGAUAGUCCUCGUCUCAACAUUUUCCAUGAAGGAGACCUCGUAUGAAGAAGCUAUAGCCAAGCAACGAAAGGAGCUUGGAAAGACCCAGUCCAGCCAACGAACAGACAAGAAGAAAAAAGACAAGGCAGCUGAGAAAAAAAACCGAGGUAAGAAAAAUGAAGAGAAGCCAAAUGGAAAGAUCCCAGAGUCAGAGGCCACCCCUGAGGCUGCAGAAACACCAGCUGAGCCCAGUCCACCAAUUCCACCAGCCCUGGAACAAGUAGCUGCUUUGGCACUUAAACCAGAAGCCCUAGCCCAGAAGUCUGCUCCAACGGCCCCAGCCCAGAAGUCUGCUCCAACGGCCCCAGCCCAGAAGUCUGCUCCAACGGCCCCAGCCCAGAAGUCUGCUCCAACGGCCCCAGCCCAGAAGUCUGCUCCAACGGCCCCAGCCCAGAAGUCUGCUCCAACGGCCCCAGCCCAGAAGUCUGCUCCAACGGCCCCAGCCCAGAAGUCUGCUCCAACGGCCCCAGCCCAGAAGUCUGCUCCAACGGCCCCAGCCCAGAAGUCUGCUCCAACGGCCCCAGCCCAGAAGUCUGCUCCAACGGCCCCAGCCCAGAAGUCUGCUCCAACGGCCCCAGCCCAGAAGUCUGCUCCAACGGCCCCAGCCCAGAAAUCUGCUCCAGCUGCUCCAUCCCAAAAGUCUGCUUCAGCUGCCUUAGCCCAGAAAACAACUUCUCCUGCCCCUGCUCAGAAGUCUGCUCCACUGGCCCCUGCGCAAAAAUCUGCACCAAUCCAGAAAUCCUCUCCGUCUGCCCAGGCCCCAAAGUCUGCUGCACCUGCCCCAGCCCAGAAGGCUGCUGCACCUGCCCCAGCCCAGAAGGCUGCUGCACCUGCCCCAGCCCAGAAGGCUGCUGCACCUGCCCCAGCCCAGAAGGCUGCUGCACCUGCCCCAGCCCAGAAGGCUGCUGCACCUGCCCCAGCCCAGAAGGCUGCUGCACCUGCCCCAGCCCAGAAGGCUGGUUCAACUGCCCCAGCCCAGAAAUCUGAUCCACAAGCCUCAGUCCAAAUGGCUGCUUCAAGUGCCCCAGCCCAAAAGUCUGCAACAACUGCCCCAGCCCAGAAAUCCUCUCAACCUGCUGCCACCCGAAAACUCAGUCCACCUGCCCCUGCCCCUUCUCCUAAGGCUGCAGCAGGUCCUCCAUCUGCAGUCCCUGCUGCACCCCAUCCCAUUCUUGAUGAUGCCCCACCUGCCCCAUCUCCUAAGGGCAAGAGGAAGAAGAAAGCCAAAGUGGAGUCUGCCUCUGCUGAGGUUCUGCCCAAAUCAGUGGCUCCAUUGGAGACGGUGACUAAAAAGGUUCCAGUGAUGGCCGUACCUCCAGUGGGCACUCUGAAAGCCACUCCAGUAAAUACUGUGCUGUCCAAAGCAGAGGAACCCAAACAGGAGGCUUCAUCUAAGAAGAAAACAGGAUCCAAGAAGAAGGUAGAGCCAGCGGCGGCUGCAGACCCCGCAGACAGUCCAUUGUUCCUGCCAUAUAAGGCUCUGGUGUCCACCGUGAGGAGUAUGGUUUUCAGUGAAGGAGAGGCCCAGCAGCUCAUUGAGAUUCUGUCUGAUAAAACUGGCAUCAUCCAGGACACCUGGCACAAGGCCACACAGAAGGGUGAUCCGGUAGCAGUACUGAAGAAACAGUUGGAGGAACGGGAAAAGCAGCUGGCAGCUGAGCAGGAGGAUGCAGCAGCUGCUAAGAGCCGUCUUAGAGAACUGAAUAAGGAGCUGUCUGUGGAGAAGUCAAAGGUGGCAUCUGUGGAGACCAGGCUGAGCUCUCAGCUGAGCAAGCGAGAGCAGGACAUUAUCGCCUUGCAAGCACGCAUGCAGGCCAGUUAUCAAGACCACCUCGCCGAGACCCAGCAACUUAAUGCCAAAGUCUUGGCUCUCCAGGACCAGCUGGAGAAAGGCCCAAAUGCUCAGCUGGCCCGUCUACAGCAGGAGAACUCUAUCCUCAGAGAUGCUCUCAACCAAGCCACUAGUCAAACUGAGAGCAAACAAAAUGCUGAGUUGGCCAAACUGCGUCAGGACUGCAUGCGACUGAAUAAAGAGCUGAUUGAGAAGAAUGAGGCCUUGCAGGCUGACGACCAGCUCAAGAAAAGUCUGGAAUCCAAAGCUGCCACUGCUGAGAAACAACUGGCCCAGCUGCAGGCAAGCUGGGCGAGUAGUGAACAGGCCCUGCAGAAGCGUCUGGAGGAAGUGAGUGAGGAGCUCAGACAGACCCAAAGCAGCAGAAACAGCCUUCAGACGCAGCUGGAACAAGCUCAGCAUGAUGCCACGGAUCUAGCAGAGGCACAAACUCGUGUAGCCAGUGUGGAGGCAGAACUGAAAGAGCGUGCCGGACAGGUGGAGAGUCUGCAGAGCCAGCUGAAGCAGACACAGAUGGAGAGAGAGCAGCUGCAGGAGGCAAGACAGAACAAAGAACAGAACCACAAUUCAGAAGCUUUGAUGGCUGAACAGGAGCAAGCAAAGAGCAGUCUGAAGGAGAAAGAGAGUAGAGUUUCAACUCUUGAAGAAGAGCUGACCCAACUCAAAAACACUAUCGCCAAUCAGGUGGAUAACAAAGCAGAUGUGCAGUGCUUGCAGCGCAGCAUAAAAGAAAAAGAUGACCAAAUAGCAGCUCUUCAGGAAGAACUUCAGCAGGUUAAAGAACAAAGUUCUAACCUCAACAAACUUGAAAACACAGAAAUGCUGGAAAAGCUACAAAAAAGUUUGAAAGAAGAGAAAGCUCGAGUGGCUUCAUUUGAGGAUGAGAUGAGACAGUGUAAAGAACAGUGCAACACUAGAAUGGAAGACAACACAACCAAAAUGGAGUCACUACUUAAGAGUGUAACUGAGAAAGAAAGCCUUGUGACAUCACUACAGCAGGAACUGCAGCAACUCAAGGAGCUAUAUCAGUCACAGGGCAAGAGCUGCGAGAGUUUGGAGGACGUGCUGCAGUCUUUCCAGACCGAGACCAAAGAAGUUCUUCAUUCCCUUUUCCCACACAUCAAUAUAGACACUGAACAGACCAAAUGGUUGAAGGACUUUGCUGUGAAAGCACAAGAGGCAUUAAAUCAAAAGCAACAGAACAAAGAAUCCCAGCAAAGUACAGAGAUGUUGGAGAUAAUGGGGAAACUACAGAACGCCAAAGAGAGUCAAUCCACACUACAAGCAGAAUGUGAACAGUACAGGAGUGUACUGGCUGAGACGGAGGGGAUGCUGAAGACCCUUCAGAAGAGCGUAGAGGAGGAAGAAAGGGUGUGGAGGACCAAGAUAACGGAUUCAGAGGAGAAACUAAGGAUGGCAUUCAAAAAGGUGCAAGAAUUAGAAGAGACAACAGAGAGCUUGAGAGCGGAGAAUCAAAGCAGUCAACAGCUGAAGGACAAGGUGAUGCUGCUAGAGGCCCAACUAGAGGAACAGAUACAGUCAGCUUCUACUGACAGCCAGAGCCAAUCUGAAGAGAUGACGCAUUUGAAGCAGCUUUUGUCAGAAUCAGAAAGACAACUGAGUGCAGCCCAACAGGAGGUUGAGACACAGCAGGAGGAACUUUCACAGGUCAGAAAGCAGCUGAAUGACGUGACGCUGCGAGCUCAGGGAGUGGCCGAGAAUGGGCAGCCUGAGGCAGAGGAAUUUCAGGUCCAGGCUCAACUGGAGCAGACGGUGGACAAAUUGCAGAGUGAACAAGCUCUAAACCAGCAGCUGUCUACAGAAGUAGAGCAGGCUCAGGAGACCCUCAGAAAACAGCUUCAAACCCACAUGGAACUAACAAAGUCAGCUGGAGAUACUGCAGCCAUGGAGGAUGUUUCUCAGCUGAAGGAGUGUCUAGAAAAAGAGCGAAAGAUGACAAAAGAUUUGGGCCAGGCAGCCACCAAACUCCAGCAGCUGCUUAGAAACAGUCAGGACCAACUUACCAAAGAAAAAGAAAAAGUCAGGACCCUGCAGGAUCAGUUGCAAGAAAAGGAGGGUGGUGGAGAGCUGAAGGGAGGCACUUCUGUUUAAGGUGGAAAACACUAAACAUCUUGCCAAAAAUUGCCUUAAGGUUACCAAAAUGAAGCAUUCCAUAAUUGUUUUUUCUUGUUGUACUGUAGUCUUUUGAAAAAUUGCACCUUUUGAGAAAUCUUUAACCAAUGCAAAUAUUUUAUUAAGGAGAUUUGCUUGAACGAUUUCUGCUUUAUACAUUCCAUCUUAAAACUUCUGGCUAUGGCCUAAAUUAUUCCUCAACUGCCUUAUAUUUUCUGAGUGUUCCUGCAUUUCCCCUAAUGUCAGUGUUAAAAGGGAAACCGUAUGUAUGUUAAGUAUACAUCAACUAGUGCAAAUGCUUGUAAGUGAAUGAAUAUGCAUACUUUUAUGGUACAUGGAUACAGCAUCUGGAAUGCCCUCUCUGCAGUUGGCUUAAACACCACUGUAUAAAUUUGAUAAUUAAUAAACAUACCUACAACACUG